AUGGAAUUCCCUACAUUAUCAUUAAUUUUCCAGUAUAUUGAAAUAAUUCCAAUAACAAUUUUAAUUCCCUGUUCUCUUCUAAAUUUAUUUUUAUUAUGGAAAAGUAGUGUUUUACACAAUAAUUCGAAAAUUAUUCUCAUUUCACAAAGCAUUGUUAUUAUUAUUUAUUCAACAACACGUGUGUUUUUGAUUUUUCUAAUUAACUGUAAACAAGAAUUCUUAAAUAUAUUAUCACCUUAUGUUAAUAGUCUUAUGCUUGUCUGUAUAUAUUUUGGUAACUUAAUUGGGCAUGUGUUAAUAUUGGAGAGAACAAUAGCAACUUUAUUUGCUAAAAAAUAUGGACAAACUAGAGUUCCUAUAUUUGGAAUUUGUUGUAUUUUGAUUUUGGUAGGGAAUUUUUAA